UCCUCCCAGGCGCCUAGAAGGGCUCAAUGCUGCGCCGUCUCUGGGAGGGGGGGGAAGCGUAGCGCUACACUUCCGCCUCCGCUCUGGCCAUGCUGGGCUGCCUGCGGGCGGCAGUGGCGGCCAUCUCGGCGGAUCGCGGGGCGGGCUGUGUGCGCUGUCGCUUCUCCAUGGCGAAGAGCAAGUUCGAGUACGUGCGGGACUUUGAGACGGACGACACCUGUCUGCCCAACUGCUGGAUAGUGGUCCGGCUGGACGGCCGCAAUUUCCACAGGUUUGCUGAGCAACAUGAGUUCAAAAAGCCAAAUGAUGACCGUGCUCUUCAUCUGAUGACCAAGUGUGCCCAGACAGUGAUGCAGGAGUUGGAGGAUAUUGCUAUUGCUUAUGGACAGAGCGAUGAAUACAGUUUUGUUUUCAAAAGGAAGAGUAAAUGGUUUAAAAGAAGAGCAAGUAAGUUCAUGACUCAUGUGGUCUCCCAGUUUGCCUCAAGUUACGUUUUCUAUUGGAAGGAUUACUUUAAGGACCAGCAACUUCUGUACCCACCAGGAUUUGAUGGACGAAUUGUGCUGUAUCCCAGCAACCAAAACUUAAAGGACUACCUCAGCUGGAGACAGGCUGAUUGCCACAUCAAUAACCUUUAUAACACAGUGUUUUGGAUGCUUGUACAGCGGAGUGGUUUGACACCAGUGCAAGCACAGGAUAGACUCCAGGGAACUUUGGCUGGAGAUAAGAAUGAAAUUUUAUUUUCUGAAUUCAACAUCAACUACAACAACGAACCUUUGAUGUAUAGAAAAGGAACUGUCUUAAUAUGGCAGAAGGUGAACGAGGUAAUGACUAAGAAAAUUAAACUGCCAAAGGAAUCAGAAGAAAAGGAAGUUGAAGUGACCCGGACUCGGACUAAAGUUGUUCCCCUGCACUGUGACAUUAUUGGAGAACAGUUCUGGGAGGAAUAUCCUGAGAUUCUGGCUGAGGAUAGCUGAUACCUCUGAGUGUAACUGGUAGUUCAUUUUGCUCUGCUUGAGUUGUUGGCAACUGGGAAAGUAUGGAUUGUCAUUGACAGAUUUUAACCUGUGAAUUGUCUCCAACAUUUACAUUGCUUUUAGCACUGUAAAGUUGCCUGGAAAUGAGAUGCUGCUAUGUCGUCUGAUAUAAAGAUAGAUCCAUGUGGAAAGCCUUAAGUCAUACUAUAUUUAAAAUGUUAAGAACUCAUCUUGACUGACUGAUGCUUGUAUAUACAUGCAGAAAAAGUGUAUAGAAAUGUUAUGUAUUUGUAUAGCAUGUAAAUCAUGGGAUGUUUUACUGAACUGACAGCUUACAAAAAAACUUGCAUAUUGAAUAGUUAAGGGCAGAGGAAAAAGUCAUUAUUUUUUUACUUUCAGUUCAGAGACAGAGACUUGUCAGUUCAAGUGACAUUUAGUAUUAAAUUUCAAGGCUUCUGUGGCAUUAGUGAAAAAACUCUUCAACUUCCUAAUGACUGAUCCGUACAGAGUAGAAAUGAAUUACCCCAGCAGUUUCCUAUGACUGAUUUUAAAUGCUUUUGUCAAACGUACAGGGUUUUUAUACUUUUUAAACUAUUAAAAAACAGUUAUUUCUUC